AUGUUGGAAAGUCUCGUGUUCUCGCUGGUGGGAGGUUACCUCUCGCAUUACCUCAAGAACUUCCACAAGGAGCAGCUCCGAAUCGGAUGGUCGGAGGGUCCGGCAGUGGUGAGAGAGAGAGCCGCCAAGAGGGCAGCGCUGGCUGCAGCCGAGGUGGUGAAGAUGUCUGAGCAGGGCAAUGGUGUCGGGGCGUCAGCACUCUCAUACUUCUCAGCCGUUGGAUUGAACGCUCUGGAGGUGUUGGUGACAUCCGUGCACGUCAAGUACACACACUCCUCCUCCGACCCCAAGGCGGCGUUUGAGUUUGGCCUUCACCUGGACCAUCUCUCUGUGGCCGCUGCUGCCUCCAAGGACCCCCUCGCUGCUGCUGCUGCCGCUGCUGCAGAUGCCAUUGCUUCUGCAUCCGCCUCUGCUCUCAACACAACUCCUGCGGCAGGUGGCCCUGGUGGUGGGCCUGGGUCGACUGCUUCCUUCUUUGUGCCGCCAGACAGCCAGACUCCCACAGAGAAGCUUCUGGAGCAGCAGUGGGAGCAAGAGGCUGGGCAGGGGCAGGCAGGGGGGCAGGGGAAGCCACAGAUAGGGGACGCGGGCAGGAACGGAGGGGCAGGGAGAAAUUUGAGGAAGAGCAUUGAGGUGCGGGGGUUGUCGUUUUACUGGAAUUCGUGCAAGAGAGGGUUCGAAGGGAGCACUUUCGGGCCUAAUGGACAGGGAGGUGGGGAGAGGACAGGGAAGGAAGGGACAGAAGGUGGAGAGAGAUGGAGGCGGGAAGGAGCAGUGAGGGAUGGUUCAGGAGAGAGGGGAGGGGAGGAGAGCAUGGAUGCGGACAUAGUGUGGGGAGAGGGUGAGUUGGUGCCAAGUGAUGAGGAGGAGGGUGGAGGGAUGGGUGCCAAGAGACAGAGGCGAAGAGGGGUGGAUGAGCAGAGGGGAAGAGGAAGGGAGCAAGGGAGAGGCAAGGGAGAGGAAGGUUCGGCAGCAGUGGCGAACAACAUGUUGCAUCCCUUGGAUGCUUCUAUCAGACUCGUGAUGCAUAUGGGCCCUCCCGCCCACACAAGCACUGCUCCCGUGUCUGUCUCUCUCCGUUGCAACCGCCUGCGAGUGUCUCUGGAGGAGCACCAGUACCAGGACGUGCUGCUGCUGGCCGAUGCCCUCAACGUGCUGCGCCUCAGAGAAAGGUAUGGCCGCUUUCGCCCCGCAGCCUUGUUCUCUUCCUCCCAGACCCCACCAACCAGUGGCACCAAACCAGCCGACAGCAUGGGGGACCAGCAGGGCGGAAGCACCAGCGGUGGCAGCGAGAGAGUGCGCGCAUUGUGGUCAUACGCGCUCAAUGCCGUGCUCUUUGAUGUGCGCCAACGCCUCUACCGCCGCUCCUUCCUCUACCUCCCCUCCCGCCUGGCAAAGCGACGGCAAUACGCGGCCUUGUACAAAAGGAAGCUGGAAUUGUUGCAAGACCUCCCUGUGGAGGAGAGGCAGCAGCUGGAGGAGAUGGAGGACGAGCUGGAGCUAGAGGACAUUCUCCUAUUCCGGACAGCUGCCGCCCAGCGGGCUGCCCGCACAGAAUGGGGCAACCCAUCCGCUUCAAAAGACUCAGCUGAAGAUUCUUCUGCAGAGAAAGACGGGCGAGGGGACCGGCGCAAGGGCAAAGCAGCCCAGCAGAAGCAGCAGCAGCAGCAGAGGGGGAGGGGGUGGUUGAACUGGCUGUCUCAGGGCAUGCUGGGCGCUGGUGGCUCUGAUGCGUCUGCUGCAGCUGACGUCAUGGCUGCAGUCAGUGACCGUGACUUAGAGGAGCUCUAUCGCACACUGGACUCGCCCUUUGAUGCUGCUGACGGGGAUAACGGGCUGGAUGAGCCUUCCUGGAUGUCCACAUCAGCAUCCACGUCAUCAUCGGCAUCUAUGGCCAUGGAUGCCACGUCAGCAGCACCCAAAGCCAUGAACAGGAGCCGCUCCUCUGUGCAUACCCUUUCAUUCUCAGAAUCCUCCUCGUCGCUCGACGCCUCCAUUCCCGAGGACUCCAGUGUGAUGGGGCCCUCCAGCCAAAUGCUCCCUGAGGCGUCUCAUAGGACGACUCAUGGCAGGGCAGCAGUGUCGGUGUGCCGCCUGGCGUUCACUGCACAGGUGGCAGACGGUCAUGCCUCCCUGCGCAGCUCGUGA